GGGGGCGCGUCAGUUGUCGCGGCGACGGAGCCGUGGACAGACGCGAUGGCGUCCGUGGCCGCCUGGCUGCCCUUCGCCAGAGCCGCCGCCAUCGGGUGGGUCCCGAUCGCCACCCACCCGCUCCCGCCGCCGCCCGUGCCCAAAGACAGGCGGCGCGCCGAAGACGAAAAGCUCCUCAUCAACGUGUCCGGACGCCGCUUCGAAACAUGGCGGAACACGUUGGAGAAAUACCCGGACUCGCUGCUCGGCUCCUCCGAGCGAGAGUUUUUUUAUGACGAAGACAGCAGAGAGUACUUCUUCGACAGAGACCCUGACAUAUUCAGGCAUAUACUCAAUUACUAUAGGACUGGCAAGUUGCAUUAUCCGAAACACGAGUGCCUCACCGGCUAUGAUGAGGAGCUGGCGUUUUUCGGCAUUCUGCCUGAUGUUAUCGGUGAUUGUUGUUACGAGGACUACAGGGAUAGGAAGAGGGAGAAUGCUGAGCGUUUGAUGGACGAUAAACUGAGCGAAGCCGGAGACCAGAGUCUCCCGCAGCUCACAGACUUAAGACAAAAAAUGUGGAGGGCGUUCGAGAACCCUCACACGUCGACCGCGGCUCUCGUGUUCUAUUACGUUACCGGUUUCUUCAUCGCGGUGUCGGUGAUGGCCAACGUGGUGGAGACAGUCCCCUGCGGCCACAGACCGGGCCGCGCGGGCACGCUGCCCUGCGGCGAGCGAUACAAAAUAGUUUUCUUCUGUUUGGACACAGCUUGCGUGAUGAUUUUCACGGCCGAGUACUUGCUGCGGCUGUUCGCGGCGCCGGACCGCUGCAAGUUCGUCAGAUCGGUGAUGUCAAUCAUCGACGUGGUGGCCAUCCUGCCGUACUACAUCGGCCUGGGCAUCACGGACAACGAUGAUGUGUCAGGCGCGUUCGUCACUCUCAGAGUGUUUCGUGUGUUCAGGAUCUUCAAGUUCUCGCGGCACUCGCAGGGGCUCAGGAUCCUCGGCUAUACGCUCAAGUCUUGCGCCAGCGAGCUGGGUUUCCUCGUGUUCUCGCUCGCGAUGGCUAUCAUCAUAUUCGCCACUGUAAUGUUCUAUGCUGAGAAGAACGAGCAAGACACAAACUUCACGUCCAUCCCAGCCGCCUUCUGGUACACCAUCGUGACGAUGACCACUCUUGGGUACGGAGACAUGGUGCCAGGGACCAUCGCAGGGAAGAUAGUGGGAGGCGUGUGCUCCCUCUCAGGAGUGCUGGUGAUCGCCCUGCCUGUCCCGGUCAUCGUGUCCAACUUCUCCAGGAUCUAUCAUCAGAACCAGCGGGCUGACAAGAGGAAGGCUCAGAGGAAAGCCCGCCUUGCGCGUAUUCGCAUCGCCAAAGCCUCAUCUGGCGCUGCGUUCGUGUCCAAGAAGAAGGCUGCCGAGGCGCGGCUCGCUGCGCAAGAGUCGGGCGUGGAACUCGACGACGCCGGCCGCGACGAGGACAUUUUCGAGUUGCAGCAUCACCAUCUGCUCAGAUGUCUGGAGCGCACUACGGACCGCGAGUUCGUCGAAAUGGAGAACCCGUACAACGGCGCGGCGAAGCGGCCCGGCUCGCCGUCGCCGCUCGCGUCGCCCGCGCACUCGGGCCGCGCGCCGGCGCUGCUCGCGUGCUGCGCGCGCUGCGGCUGCUGCCCGCAGAAAUAUCAGGUCCUGCUGUUAGAGUCGAGUAGGAAGGGUCGGAUGAAGGGCGCACGUCGGUACACUUCCGCGUCGCGUCCGUCCGACACGUCAGUGUCGGCGGCGGCCAGUGAGGACCCGUUACCACAAGCUUGCGGUAAAUACAUUCCCGCUGGUAGCACGGUGCAAGGAAACCAGACCGGUGUUGCGAUGGACGGGACUUACUUAGUGGAAGCGUCCUUCUAGGGGCCGUCCACCAGCUCCCAUGUGGAAAGCUACGUGUAACCAAAACGGUCCUCCGUUCGGAGGAUCAACCCUCUCUAGGAGACCUACUCCUAGUCUGACUGUGUCAUCUGUUACCCAAACAAUUACUAGUUUAUAAAAAAAAAAUAUCUGUGUAAUUUUUAACGUUUCAUAAGUCUAACACAAUACUGCCUAACACAAUGGAUUAUCAUUUGUAUUACGGUUAAUAUUGUUACUAUAACGGUAAUUGAUGUGAAUAAUAACGGAAUGGAAGCGCGUCUCAUUCCAUUUCAUGUUACAUUCUAUUUUUAAAAUGUUAUUCUAAGCUUCCAUUCCAAAUUCAAACGGUGGUACCAGCGUUGUAUUGAAUAAAGGAAAAUGCCGUUAUGCAUUUUGAUUUUGGAAUUGGAAAGAUUGUAUUCCUAUUUUGGAAUGAAGUGUUCUGUGUGGGACAGAAGUUGAUUGACUUUCGUGUUAUCGCCGCGUAGUAUUCUUUUAUCUGAAUAGCGUAGAUGUAAGAAUUUAAAUGUUAAUGAACGACCGAAGGGAAUUAUUCGCUUCUAUUUAUUGACAACGAGCGAUGUAUUAUGAAAAUGUGUAUUUCAGAGAAGCGGUAUUAGAAAAGACAAAUAGUUUUCAAAUUUCAAUAGUAGUCAAUAGUUAUUCGAGUCAUAUCAAUUAGAUCAUGUUUGAAA